AGUGGCUGAGGUGAGGAUCCAAACACAGGUGAAUUAAACAGGUAGGCUGGUGAGGACGUUUUAAGAGUUUUAAUGAAGAGCAUGCUGACCAUGAAACUAUGAACAGACAAGGAAGACAGAACUGGGAGGGUUUAAGACCCUGUCCACACGUAGCCGGGGAUCUGCCAAAACGUAGAUAUUUUUCUACGUUUUGGCCUGUCAUCCACACAAAAACGGAGUUUUUUCACACGAAAACGGAUCUUUUUAAAAACUCCGGCCAAAGUGAAGAUCUGCGUUUUCUCCGUUUUGGGUGUCUGCGUGUGGACGGACAAAACCGGAGUUUUAAGGUCCGCAACGUCACUUUCCGCGACAAAAAAUGCUGACAUCACGUGUGUGACCUGUGUUUACACUAGCCGACAGCAUGGGUGCCCUCAGAGCUGCGCUCGCUUUAUCAAUUGUCCAAGCGCUUUUUGCUUGUUUGUUUUUGCAAGUGGAAUUACUGCUCCUUGCGGAAGACCACAGACGAAGGACGAGGUUAAGAACUGGGGAAGUACUGCCGCCUACAGGUCUGGCAUGUCCUUAACAACGUGUUUAUCCGGGUACGUGUGGACAGAGUUUGUUUUUUAAACGAGGUGGUGUGGAUGCAAGUUUCUGGAGGGGCAGAUAUUAGUUUUUUUUUUAAACCGGCUACGUGUGGACUAGGCCUAAAUCCACAAGGAGCUGAGUGAUUGGGAGACGAGAGGCAGGCGGGAACAAUUUGGAAAGACACAGGAUUGAACAGAAUGGGGAGACAGGACAGGUUGUGACACACAGACAAGGAGGCAAAUAUUCUCACCAUGAUAUCUAUUCUCUAAGGACUUGUGUUUGUUUCUGGUUAGUGCAGAAAAGAUUUUAUCUGAAUAGAAAACAUUAUGAUAAGGGUGGAGCUGAACAUGGGAACAGGAGGUUUAAAGGUUCAAAGCUUGUGAUAUUGAAUUGUUGUGAAGAUGGGUCUCAAGAAGCUUGUGUCUGGGUUCGUUGUGAUGAUCCUUCUGAUAUGCAAAGGUUGCCGGUCACAGACGCUUGAAUGCGGCAACGCACCGCUCAACCCCAAAAUCAUCGGUGGUCAGGAUGCUUCUGGAGGAAGUUGGCCCUGGCAAGUUGCUUUCAAGGAUUCUGGCUCCUUCUUUUGUGGAGGGGCAUUGAUCACCAACCAAUGGGUGCUGACAGCUGCUCACUGUGUACCAAGCAACAAAGUCUCCUUCCCAGAAGCCUAUCUGGGUCUCCACAACCUGUCUGGUUCCAACCCUAAUCAGCAGAUUCGAGCACUUGUUGCGACCAUCUGCCAUCCUGAUUAUGAUGAAACCACCAUGGAUAAUGAUAUCUGCCUUGUGAAGCUAGCAGCUCCUGUCACUUUCACCAGCUACAUCCAGCCGGUCUGCCUAGCCUCAGACGAGAGCACCUUCUUUGAUGGGAUCACAACCUGGGUCACUGGUUUUGGACUGACAAAUUCUGGGUCACCAUCCGACACUCUGCAGGAGGUAGCUGUACCAGUUGUAGGACCGAACAGGUGCUCGUGCAACUAUGAAAACGUUGCUGAAAUCACUGAAAACAUGAUGUGUGCUGGGCUUGAUAUCGGAGGGAAGGACUCGUGUCAGGGAGACUCAGGAGGGCCACUUGUGUCACUAUAUGAAGGUCUAUGGAUCCAGGCUGGAAUUGUGAGUUUUGGUGACGACUGUGCUCUCCCAAUGAGACCUGGAGUCUACACUCGACUGUCCCAAUACCAGAAAUGGAUCAGUGACACUGUUACUGGCAAGAAACCAGGAUUUGUUACUUUCACUUCCACAGGCUUUGACAACGACUGGUUCUUCAGCUGUGACACUAGUGUAUUUUCCAGUGGCGAAAACUUGAGUCACUUCACUCACUUAACCAUUCUCUCUAUUUUUUCUCUGAUUCUCCACUUCUUUGUUAGCAAUGGGAAAAUGUAAGUGUUGCACAGUAAUUCAAAUUAUGUGCACAUUUGAAAUGAAAAGCCCUUCUGUGUCUUGAGCAGUUGGUUUUAACGUAUUUCACCCACAAGAAAAUACUUCUCUAGUUACCACAAAAACCUUAGGUGUUGUGAAUGUGGUUGGUUCAAAAGCCACGAUUGGUUGUAGGAUGAUUCAUAUUGAUUGGUUAAUGUCUGAUGUGCAUUAAAUACAUUUUAAUCAUUGUUUGAGAUGGUUUUUAGACAUUAGUUGUUGAAAACAAAUAAAGAUUUACAAAAGACUGCUUUUGUUGUUUUAAAUUAUAUUACUGUUUACUGACAGAAUUCAAAUCAUUCGCAGAAUUUUUUUCAGGUGUGACGUUAUGAAGAUAAGACGACUUGUCUACACAAACUCUUAGGUAUGACCACCAGGUAGAAUAAUGUACUCCACUAAAAAUUCAGUAUCUUUCACUCUGUAUACAUCACUAUUUAAAUGAUCUUGCACUUUGUAAGAAGACAAGACAGCUUUGUUUCUAUGGCACAUUUGCG